GUCAUGACGUUUUCAGUGUGGUCCAUGGUUUGCGCUGCGCAUGCGCGUUGGGCAGUCAUCGGAUUCGGAACGCAUGGAAGCAGAAAUGUCCGUGCAAAACGUUGACCUGAUGGCAUUUGGACCAAACAUGCACAUUCCGCUGAGAAGACCGUCCACUGGCCCGGGGGGCGCACCGGCCUUCCCGCUGUCACCGCCAGUCCUCUCCUUCGCCAGAGGGGAUGCACCGUCUAUGAUUAUGGAAGUGGAUGAUUCGCUGAAAGGAUCCUCUCCUCCACCAAUAGUCCUGAACUUCUGCAACUACUGCAGUAAGCAAGGAACCUUCCGGUGUAAUGGCUGCAUAAAGACCUUCUACUGCUCCGCUCUGUGUCACCAAGAGGACUGGAAGGCCCACAGACACAUGUGCCUCUCCAAGACCGCUAAAAAUGAAGGUGAGAAGGCCAAGGAGAUCCCAUGUCAACAGAUAGUGGAUGGACCCAGUCAGACCCAAACCCAGCCAGAGGUAAAGAUCCUCCGUACAGCAUCAGCGGUGGGUGCCAGUAAUGCGGCCAUCUGCCCCAAGGUUUUUUUAGUGGAUCUAAAGAAGAAGAACCUGGCUGUAGGAUCAAAAGUGGAGGUGGCGGUGGUGGAGACGCACAGCCCGGGCCGGUUCUUCGUCCACGUCCAGAACCGUGGCUUGGUGGCCGACCUGCAGACGGUCAGCCUGGAGCUGCAGAACGCCUCCAGGGCCUGGCCGCCCGCCUCUGCCUACCUGCCCGCCUCUGCCUACCUGCCCGACCAGGGGGAGGUCUGCGCCGUCCAGUUCUCCCUGGAUAUGAAAUGGUACCGAGGCCUGGUCCAGUUGGUACCCGUGGACCAGAAGACUGCCAGCAUCCUGUACAUUGACUUUGGCAACGAGGAGGAUGUUCCCGUGGCCAGGAUAAGACCUCUGGAUCCAAGACUCGGGCACAUCCCUCCCUGCGCUACCGAGUGCUCUGUUGCCGGGGUAGUGCCGGUGUCUGGCAUCUGGACAGGCAAAUGCUGUGCGGUCGUGAAGCAACUGUUGACCGAGCAGGUGGUCACCCUCCAUGUGCUGGACGUGGUGCAGAGUGAGAGGGUCCAUGUGGUUGAGAUGAUAGUCACUGCUGUAGGCAAGAGGCUGAGCAGCUUUCUGGUCGACCAGGGAUAUGCCACACACGAAGGGGUCGCUGCAAAGCCAAGUGAAAAAGAAAUUCACGGCUUGGUUAGCGCGUCGUUGGAGAACUUUAGGCGUCAGUCCAGCGGGAAGGACGAGAAUACAGAGGCCUGUCCCCCGGAGCCCCUGAGCCAGCGCGUGGGAGACUGCUUCUCCGCCCUGGUCACCCAGGUCCGCUCCCCCGUCGACAUGAUCUGCCAGAAGGUGGACAAUGCCAGUGAGAUCAUGGAACUUCAGAAGAACCUCAGAGACCACUGCAGUCCGAUCCCAGCUAGCCUCAACUUCAGACCGGCCCCUGGCACUGUCUGCUGCUCCCAGUUUUCAGAUGACAACCAGUGGUACCGGGCCCAGGUUCUGGCAUACUCCUCAGAGGAUCGGGUCUGUGUGGGCUAUAUAGACUUUGGGAACACGGAGGAGGUGGAGCUCGGGCGUCUGCGGCCGCUCAGUGCCCCUCUGCUAGCAUUGCCCAUGCAGGCCAUCCCCUGUUCCCUAGCAGGAGUGCAGCCGGUCCGGGAGGCCUGGGACGACGACUGCACCUUGGUCCUGCAGCAGAUGUUGGGCAACCGCAUCCUGAGUGUGCGUAUCGUGGGGGAGAGCAAGGGCACGGCCCUGGUGGGGAUGGUGGACCAGGCCAGUGACCCCCAGGCCGACGUGGCCGAGCUGCUGAUCUCCAUGGGCUACGCUGCUGCUGCCACCAGCCCCCCCGACACGGGGGACACGGACGCCCCUGGAGCGGAGGGAGCAGCAGCCGAGGAGGAGGCUGGAGAGGCGGCUGAUCCCCUGGUGUGGUCUUCUGUUGAACUUCCCUGUGGCGGCCCCACGGGGGCGCUGAUAGUCAGCUCGGUGCAGAACCCUGGAGAGUUCUACUGCGUUAGGUCGGAGCCAGAAGCGCUCCGGGGGCUGGAGGAGCUGGGCCCUGAGCUGAAGCUGCACUGUGAGGGGGAGGCUUCUCCAUGGCAGGCCGCCGUGGGGCAGCCCUGCUGUGCCCUGUUCACUGGCGACAAUUGUUGGUACCGGGCCCUGGUCAAGGAGGUGUCUGAAGACAAGGUCCUGGUGUACUUCGUGGACUACGGCAACUCCGCUGAGGUGGAGAAGAGCAACCUCAGAAACCUCACAGCUCAGCUCCUCACGCUCCCCUUCCAGGCCAUCCGAUGCUGGCUCGUAGGCGUGGAGGAGCUGGGGCCCGCGUGGACCGGCGAGGCCCUGCUUGGGUUCCACACGGCGGUGAGCGGGCAGCUUCUGAGCGGCCGCGCCCUGCAGCUCACGGAGCGUGGCUACGGCCUGGAUCUCAUGAGCGGAGGCCAGAGCGUGGCGGCCACGUUGCUCGGCCAAAAGCUCGCCGGGCUCCAAGGGGAGACCGCCCCCGCGCAGGCAACCGCCCUCGUAGCCCCCCUGGUCACGGCCUGCGUCACGCACAGCGCUCCUCUGGUGGCUGCCGUCCAGGAACCGGCCGCCGUGGUCCCCGGGCUGUCAACGCCCGCUCAGCAGAUUCCCAGGGUCCCUCCGAGGAAGGGGCCUGUGAAGCCCGCGCCAGCAGCAUUGGCGUCGUUCCCGGUGGACUGGAAGGCGGUGGAGCUGCCCAGGGAGAGCUUCCGGCCGCGCGUGGCUGCUGUCACCAGCCCCGCGCUGUUCUAUGUUCUCAGCCCCACCAAGGUGGAGGUGGAGUGUCAGCAGAGAAUGAUGAGGGAGCUGGCGGAGUACUGCAGCACCAGACAGGCCUCCCUCAAGUCCUCAUCCUCCCCAGGCCAGGAGAGACCCCGCCUGGGCGCUGCAUGCUGCGCUCUGUUCUCUGGUGACCAGACCUGGUACCGUGCCGUUGUCCUAGAAACGGCUGAGAACGAGGCUAGCGUUCUCUUCAUGGACCAUGGCAACUGUGAGACGGUCCCCUACUCCAGCCUCCGCCCCAUCCCGGAUCAUCUCCUCCUUCUGCCCUUUCAGAUCACCCGCUGCUCCCUUGCCGGUAAGGAGCGCUUCCCGCCGGACUGCCCCUCCGACAUACUCAUGCUGCUAAAAAGUGUGCUGGCGGACUGCGUCACGGCAACCGUCAAAGCCUUCGACGGCUUCACCAACCUGCUGUCAAUCGAGCUGCCCCGCGAGAUGGGCGGGGGCUGCCUCGGUGACCUCAUCCUGUCCCAAUUGGAGCUCCUGACCCACCCAAAGACGAUAAAUAACCAGGCCGCCACCACCACCAAGCAGGUGUCAUCCCUCAUCAUCGUUGAUGGGGGACCUCAACCUUUAACCCCAAACAGCCAUCCCAACACCACUAAGGUCCUGGAAGGACACCCCACCAGCUCCACCACCGUCAAUAAGGUCCUGGAAGGACACCCCACCAGCCGCACCGCCAUCUCUAAGGUCCUGAAAGGACACAUCACCAACUCUACCACCAUCAAUAAGGUCCUGGAAGCACUACUUACCAGCCCUAACAACACCCCUCAGGUCCUCGAAGGAAACCCCACCAGCCCUAGCACCAUCAAUAAGGUCCUGGUAGGACACCCCACCAGCCCUAGCACCCAUCAGGUCUUCGGAGAAGGUCCAAGGAAUGCGAUGUUGCUUAAAGGACUGGAGGGUUCUGGCUGUUGCUGCAAUGACCUGAAGACGAAGAUGGAUCGUCUGGAGCAGUUGAUGGAGAAUCAGAUCGUUGUCCUCAGUAAACUGAUUGAGCUAGCCAGCUGCUAAGUGACCCCUCAAGUGUUCAACCUCCAAAAUAUUGUUGGAUUUUCGUUUGAAUAAACAUAUAUUCAGUUUUGUAGACACCAUUACAGAAAGUAAUCCUGUCAAAGUUUGAAGCGGAUGCUGAAUUUGAGCCAUGCACCAAUGUUAUGCGGUUGGUAUAUUUAAUUUGGUGUGUGUGAACAAAAGUAUCAUUUAAAAUGUCCACAAUUGUGUGGAAUGUUCGUAUUGUUUGAGUUCUACAUGUUAAGGUUGUAAAUUAAAUUGUCAUUUGAUUAAAAAAAAAAAAA